ACAUCGACAGCAGUCUUCAUAAUUUGGUCUGCUUCUACUCUUCCAGCCGAAAGCUUCUCGGCCAUGGCAGCGGCCGCCUCUCCAUCUCUCAGUCUCCCUCCACCAGCGCAGCGCGCCACCCCAAAGCCGCGCCGCCGCACGCCGCCGCGAGACGUGGUCUCGUGGACGGCUGCCAUCGCGCGCCCGGCGCGGGAGGGCGACCUGCCGGCGACGGCCGCGGCGCUCUCCGCCAUGCUCUCCUCCCCCGUCGCGCCUGCGCCCAACGACGUCACCCUCCUCACCGUCGUCUCUGCCUGCGCCGGCGCCCCCUCCUCCCCGCUGGCCCAGCCCCUCGCGCUAUCGCUCCACGCCAUGGCCAUCAAGCUCUUCCCCGGCCACCUCCUCCUCUGCACCUGCCUCGCGCGGUUCUACCUCGCGUCCCGCCUCCCCCACCACGCCCUCCAGCUGUUCGGCUCCAUGCCCGUCAGGUCCGUGGUCACCUACAACACCAUGAUAACCGUCCUCAUGUGCAACGGCCUCGUCGCCACCGCGCGCGAGGUGUUCGACGGAAUGCCGGACCCGGAUAAGGUCUCCUGGACGGCGCUCAUCGACGGGUGCGUCAAGAACGGGCGCCACGACGAGGCGAUCAACUGCUUCCAUGCCAUGCUGCUGGACGGUGUCGAGCCAGACUACGUCACGCUGGUAGCUGCUAUCUCCGCAAGUGCCGAGGUCGGCGCGCUCAGUCUCGGUAUGUGGGUGCACCGGUUCGUGACCAGGGAGAGGCUGGAGGGCAACAUCCGCAUCGCCAACUCGUUGAUCGACAUGUAUGCUCGGUGCGGUCAGGUGGAGUUUGCACGGCUGGUGUUUGACAGCAUGAGGAAGCGGACGGUGGUCUCGUGGAACUCGAUGAUCGUCGGGUUGGCAGCCAACGGAAGGUGCACGGACGCCAUCGAGCAUUUCGAGGCAAUGAGGAGGAAGGGGUUCAAGCCAGACGCUGUGACGUUCACGGGCGUCCUAACGGCCUGCAGCCAUGCUGGUCUCACCGACGAGGGGCUGAGGUACUAUGACGCCAUGAGGGAAGAGCACGGCAUCCGACCAAGGAUGGAGCACUACGGGUGCGUGGUUGACCUGCUCGGCCGGGCCGGGCGCCUGGACGAGGCCAUGAGCAUGGUGGCGACCAUGCCGAUGCGGCCGAAUGAGGUGGUGCUUGGAGCCCUGCUCGCGGGUUGUCGGAUUCACGGGGACGUGGACAUGGCCGAGCAGCUGAUGCAGUACCUCCUCGAGCAGGACCCUGGCGGCGACUCGAACUACGUGCUGCUGUCGAACAUCUACGCCGCCGUCGGGAAAUGGGAUGGGGCCGGCAAGGUCAGGGGCCUGAUGAAAGCCCGGGGGGUGAAGAAGAGGCCAGGCCGCAGUGCCGUGGAGAUCGACGGCGACCUGCAUGAGUUUGUCUGCGGUGAUCGGUCUCAUCCGCAGGCUGGGGAGGUGUUGGACAUGCUUGACCUGCUCAGUCAUGAGAUGGCAGGGCGUGAGGCCGUGAGUGAGCAUUGAAGACUGGAGGCUUUCAGUAGUCACCAUGUUCUGCGUUUCGAGCGUUUGUACAGACUACUGCUUUGCUUGCCCAUCCACGAGAACAUAAGACGAAAAGAGCCAACGGUUGAUUAGAAAUCUGUUGUACUCCGUAUUUGCAGUUCUACGGUCAUUGUGACUCCCAUUACAUGUACAGUGUGGGGAGAGGCAUCCAACAUGCGCAGCAAGCCAGUAACACAGCUCAAUCAAGCAUAUACACUGCAUUUCUGGAAGGUGAAGAACAACACAAGCUCCUGAACUGAUAGCGUUGGUGUUGCUGUGGAAAUAUUGGACUACUACAUUUUUCUUCGAUUAUAUCACCCGUAAUGUCUCACCUACUUGCUCCCAUAUCCCUGUCAAAAACAAUAACAGUAAUUACUUCCAUACAUUGCAGUCAGAAGAUCAUAUAUUCACUUGUGCUCA